AUGAGGGGGAAAAACAAUUGAAUCAAUUUUAGAAUUAAGCUAUAAUUUUAACAAAAUCUGGAAAAAGUCAAGGGGUCUGAAUACUUUAUGAAUGUAAGGUUAACAAUUACAUUUUAACACUCAAGCACUGAUUUAAAAAGAAAACACAUAGGAUAAUGAAGAUGAUACUAAAUGUAGGUUCCAUGGCAUGGAGAAGGUUAUAAAGACAUGUAUUACUGAAUUCCAGCGAUUUAAAUGUAUCAAAAUGAGGUGGUCGUAGGAGAGUGUGUGUGUACUCUUGUCAGGCUUCAUCUUGGGUUUCUUGUGGGAGAGACUCUUGGCGUUACACAACGGACAGAUAGGAGCGUUAUGAUGGAUCUGUUGGUGGCAUGGCAGACAGGCAUAGGAUACAUUUACAUUUUUGUAAUUUAGCAGACGCUCUGCAAUAAGUGCAUUCAUUUGAAGAUAGCUAGUUGAGGCAACUACUUGUCUUAAUAUUCCUUUCCUGAAUAAAGUAGUUAUCAGAAAGUCAGUUUCGUAGGAAAAUACACGUGCGGGUUAUAUAUAUAUAUUUUUUACAAAUAAUGGAGUAAUGCGACAUAUAAGCGAACAAAUGAAAGUGUAGUUUAAAGUAUCGUUAUUUUUUGGGGAUCCUUUUCAUGAUCUAAUCCCACUCCAGUACGAUAGGUGGCGGUAAGGAAUCACUGUUGACAGCGCUGAACUCGCUAGAAAUAAAUGGUUCUGUUGUGGUUAUUCGUGUGUAAACAAUUGUGUUGCUAGCAGUCUUUAUAAUCUCUUAGCUGGCUAAUUAUUCACACAGUUUGUAGAUACACAAUUGGAACAGCAUUUUUAUUUCUUGCACGUUUAAGGUUAGAUUUGUAUUUGCACGUCGUAGUUUUUGUUGCACUUUACUACAACGAUAUUCGUUUCGGCUUGCUAGCUUUUUGUUCUGCAGCAGUACGGCUUUGAAGCCCGUUUAGCUACUAUAGAUAGUUAACGUCAACCCGAUUCUCGUCAUCUCUUCUGAUUACGUGAUUGUUGUCCGUCAAUAGAUCAGAAAAUCCUGAAAAUAAUAUAUCAUAGUGGCCACUUUUCUUUGAUAUUAGUUCGGUUUGGUCAACCUUUGAAAACUUACGUUAGCCAUUCUUGUCUGCUUCACAGUCAGCGGUGGCCGGUUUUGAGCCCAUUAUGGACCUUCACAAGAUAAUCCACGAUACCCUGCAGGAGUUCAUUCAGACAUGCAUUCCCGAAGCAGACCUGAGUUCCCUGGAUGACGUGUUGCUCCCCUACAUCACUGGAGUCCUGGAGGAUCUGGGAUCUCAGGAGAGCGUGGAGGAGAACUUUGACGUGGAGGUCUUUGUAGAAAUGCUGGAGGCCUACAUUCCUGGCUUUGCUGAAAUUGACAGUGUUAACGUUUGUGAUAUGAUGUUCAGCCUGGCUUCAAAACUAGCCACAGCCCGGAGUUCAGAAAAUAGUGUGCCAAAGGCUAGAAUGGAGGUCCCACUGACAGUCAGCGCUACCUCCACUGGGCCUCCUGUGAGGGAGAUGCACUGCCUUACUACACAGACUGAGGGGGCCACCGCCAAGGUGCCAUUCCCUGAGUGGGAGGCCCAGGAGCCGCUCCUUCUGGAGAUGUUCCCCAAGUGCAGACUAUCAGAGGCCAGGAGUGCGUUGUCCAUUGCUAAAGGUGACAUGGAGGAGGCUGUCCGCCUCAUCAUCGAAGGAGACAUCCAGCUCAGCCACACACCUCUAAACGUAAACCAUGGGAAGAUGGGUUCCCCUCAGGCAGAGCAGAAGAUGAAAGAGAGCAUCCUGGAGAAGUACAUGCUAGUGGACAGGGAGGAGGAUAAGAAAACACACAGGCCUGUUGCACCUAAAGAUGCCCCUAAGAAACUGGUGCGUUACCAUAGCAACCAGGUGGUGACCACAAAAGGGGAGCGGUACCAACUGGUGAAGAAAGAGGAGACGGAGGAGGUGAAGAAAACUUACGUCAGCAUCAAACCCGCACGCAAAUACAGAUUCCAUUGAUGACUGACUGGCACUCUUCUGGAACACCAGCCAUUGACUUUGUUGUUUACAUCCUUUCUGAAUGCCUUGUUUUUUUUGUUUGCCUGGUUAUGGAAAAUGUUUGUUUUUUGGUAUGUGUAAGUGUCUGAUUUGAAAAGUAUGUGGCCAUCGUCUUGCUUCGAAUAUAAUUGCUCCUUUGCAGUGGUUCUCUGGCAUCAUUGUUUUGUUCUCUAGGUGGGUCAUGAUGUGCUCUUGUAGUGGGCUGGCCAUGUGUAUAAGACUUGAACAACUGCUACAUUUGAUUCUCAUGUCCAAACUGUGUACUGUUUUUUUUCUCCAUUUCAGCAGGUCUGACAUGGUACAGAUUUUUGGGGGUCAGAUAUAAUUGUUAUUGGUAUUUUUCCUGGCAGGGGGACUUAGUGAUUUGGGGCCUGUUUCAAAACACUAUUUUCAGUACUCUAUCGCAAUACCUUAUUCCUCAUAUAAGGGUAAGUUUAGUCCAUUCAGGCUGUGCACCCAUUUUUUUUUUAUAAAAUAAAAAUAUAUUUUCUUUUUUUUUUACUAAAAAGUUAUCGGUGACCUUAUAAACAUGCGGCGCCAUGUUGGAGGAAGUUGUUCCUUAGACUGGAAGUGGUAUUUCCCGCAGCAUUUUUUACUAGCAAGGCACUGGAGAUCUACUUCUGGAGAAUGAUAACACAGGUCAACAAUCAGCUGAACGCAGAAACUGCAGGAGAGAGGGGAUGGAGAGAGAGGCAGGAGGAGAGGGGGGAAGAGCAGUCCUCCGAGGGAGGGGGAGGCAGGAGGAGGGGGAAAGAGCAGUCCUCCGAGGGAGGGGGAGGCAGGAGGAGAGGGGGGAAGAGCAGUCCUCCGAGGGAGGGGGAGGCAGGAGGAGAGUGGAAAGAGCAGCCUUCCAAGGGAGGGGGGAGGCAGGGGUUGCAGAGUGAGACGUGGAGGAGGAUGGUCAUACAAGUACAUAGAGAACAACCAAGAAAGGAGAGGGGAAGCACCCAGCCCUAAAGGACAGAGAGAGACAGGAGCAAGGGCUGCAGAGGGGUAGGCAGCAGAGGCAGUGAGAGUCUGGACCUUGUUAAGAGCAAGGAAAGGACCAACCCUGCUGCCCAGACUGGGACAUAGCUGGUCUCCCUACAGCUCAUCUCUGCCCUGCUGCCCAGACUGGGACCCAGCUGGUCCCCCUACAGCUCAUCUCUGCCCUGAAGCUCCAGACUGGGACCCAGCUGGUCCCCCUACAGCUCAUCUCUGCCCUGCUGCCCAGACUGGGACCCAGCUGGUCUCCUUACAGCUCAUCUCUGCCCUGCUGCCCAGACUGGGACCCAGCUGGUCUCCCUACAGCUCAUCUCUGCCCUGAAGCUCCAAACUGGGACCCAGCUGGUCUCCCUACAGCUCAUCUCUGCCCUGAAGCUCCAGACUGGGACCCAGCUGGUCCCCCUACAGCUCAUCUCUGCCCUGCUGCCCAGACUGGGACCCAGCUGGUCUCCUUACAGCUCAUCUCUGCCCUGCUGCCCAGACUGGGACCCAGCUGGUCUCCCUACAGCUCAUCUCUGCCCUGAAGCUCCAGACUGGGACCCAGCUGGUCUCCCUACAGCUCAUCUCUGCCCUGCUGCCCAGACUGGGACCCAGCUGGUCUCCCUACAGCUCAUCUCUGCCCUGCUGCCCAGACUGGGACCCAGCUGGUCUCCUUACAGCUCAUCUCUGCCCUGAAGCUCCAGACAUUCACAGAGGAGAUGAGAUGGGCCAUGGACACGGAGCUGCAUGACCCAUCAGUGUGUGGAGUGUGUGUGCAGCAGCAGACAACUUUGUCCCUAAACACCUUCAUCAGGAGGAAGACUACUCAACUAGACACUAACAUACUGGAGGAUAAACUACACACACACCUCUAUAACAGGGUACAACACACACACCUUUGUAACAGGGUACAACACACCUCUAUAACAGGGUACAACACACACACACCUCUGUAACAGGGUACAACACACACACACACCUCUGUAACAGGGUACAACACACACACACCUCUGUAACAGGGUACAACACACACACACUUCUGUAACAGGGUACAACACACACACACCUCCGUAACAGGGUACAACACACACACCUCUAUAACAGGGUACAACACACCUCUACAACAGGGUACAACACAACACACCUCUACAACGGGGUACAACACAACACACCUCUACAACGGGGUACAACACACCUCUCCAACAGGGUACAACACACCUCUACAACAGGGUACAAGACACCACACCUCUACAACAGGGUAAAACACAACACACCUCUACAACGGGGUACAACACAACACACCUCUACAACGGGGUACAACACACCUCUACAACGGGGUACAACACACCUCUACAACAGGGUACAAGACACCACACCUCUACAACGGGGUACAACACAACACACCUCUACAACGGGGUACAACACAACACACCUCUACAACGGGGUACAACACAACACACCUCUACAACGGGGUACAACACACCUCUACAACAGGGUACAACACACCUCUACAACAGGGUACAACACACCUCUACAACAGGGUACAACACACCUCUACAACAGGGUACAACACACCUCUACAACAGGGUACAACACACAGUACUUUAGACUGCUCACUAUCUGUGUUCUUUGCUGUUUAGGUCCUGUAGCUGCUGCCAUGUUAUUAUAGUCACUUUCUGUCCUUAUGUUUCUGUACACUUAAAAGGCCCUCUGAAUGGCAAACAGUCCCAAGAACAACAAGUCUUAUGAGAACAGAAUAUUAAUCGGUGUUGUAGGACGCAGUGGGAGAAUCUCAAUUGCAUACUCCUCUUAGCCCAUUGGAGGAGGUCAGAGAGGUGGUGCCUGUAGCUUUCUCAUCCAAUGGGUUUUGAGGAGACAGGGAAAGAGGACACCAGGAGAAUGCAAAUGAGGUUUUCCCAGUAUGUUUGUUGGGUGAGUUGCUGAGGAGCCUCCCCAAGCCCUCUGACUCCCCCAGCAGGAUCUGGGAACAAAUGCAGCCCAGAGGAAGGACAUAGCAACUUGGGGUUACCUUGGAGACAGAACAGGAAUCUGGAUGUACUCUGCCAACGCAAUGUCAAUGAAGGGGUUACCUUGAAGGCCCAGAAUGUUAACCUGACAGCAGUACAAGAACUGAGCUUAAGGUGCCUUCGUACUGGCACUAUCACCGUGUGGACAUAUCUGAAAUAUUUCCUACGUACUGCACUACUUCUGAUCAGAGCCCUGGUGGACCCAGCCUGUGAUUUUCACUGAGUGUCAUUGAUCAUGUGUAUUAUAAUGAGAUUCAUCCUAAAGUAUAAAAGAAAAUACAAUUCCAA